GAUGUAGAGACUCCCAGGCUGAUGUUUAAUUACACUGUGGUGCAGGUUGCAGAGGAUCCUGCAGAUCUAUAAGGGUGUUCCGGAGAUUUUCACCAUGGUUUAAAAAUCACUGUUUAUGCUUGUUGCAGAAGUUAACAGAGGCUUACUACUACUUUGUGGCCCAGUCCAACCUGUAGUUUCUGAGUUGGUACCUGUCGACCCUCCUGAAUGAAUGAGUGGGUGGGCCCCGACAUCAAUGUGGUGGGACCACUGGAAAUCCCACCCAGCAAUGAAUUCGCCAUCUCGGAGAGCUCCCACUUUUUUGAUAUUCUGGCAGAUCAAGGCAGUCCUCUCCUGCAGGAUCCAGACAUCUUACCCUUCACCAGUUAUCCCAGCAUGCAGUACCCGUCCCAGGAGCCAACCAUGUCUUCGACACCAUACUACUCCAGUCAGAAUUACUACCCUCCGUACAAUGUAGAUGAAUGGUACUCACACACAGGGAUUUAUGAACUGAGGAAAGGACCCCUGGAGGUCAGCUAUGAUGCUGAGAUGGAGGAGGUGUCCCCUGUGGUGCCUGUUGUGUGCAGGAGGACCCGGCACAUGUUGCAGACCGGACGGGUCAAGGGCGAGGAACUGUGUGUUGUGUGUGGAGACAAGGCCUCUGGAUACCACUAUAACGCUCUCACCUGUGAGGGAUGUAAAGGUUUCUUCAGACGGAGCAUCACAAAGAAUGCAGUGUACAAAUGCAAGAGUGGCGGAAACUGUGAGAUGGACAUGUAUAUGCGCAGGAAAUGCCAGGAGUGUCGGCUAAGAAAGUGCAAGGAGAUGGGCAUGCUGGCUGAAUUGAAGCCUUCAUCACCGCUGGCAGGCCUGCUGACAGAGAUCCAGUGUAAAUCUAAAAGGCUGCGAAAGAACACCAAGGCCUCCCCGGGACAGUCUACUGGAGACGAGACAGAGGGGGCAGACAACACAGACAACAAACAGGUCACAUCAACCACCAAAGUGUCAAAGGAAAAAGUUGAAAUCACCAAAGAGCAGCGGGCACUCAUGAAUCUCAUCGUAGAUGCUUACAACAGACAUCAAAUUCCUCAAGAUAUGGCCAAAAAACUGCUACAAGAACAGUACAGCGCAGAGGAGAACUUCCUCCUAUUGACAGAAAUGGCAACAAGUCAAGUUCAAGUUCUGGUGGAGUUUACAAAAAACAUUCCAGGCUUUCUCUCUCUGGACCGUGAGGAUCAGAUCGCUCUGCUGAAGGGUUCGGCUGUGGAAGCCAUGUUUCUGCGCUCAGCUCAGGUUUUGAGCCGAAAGAUGCCCAACGGACACACAGAAGUUUUGGAGGAGAGGAUACGCAAGAGCGGUAUAUCAGAUGAGUUUAUCACACCAUUGUUCAACUUCUACAAAAGCAUCGGUGAACUCCACAUGGUGCAGGAGGAACAGGCUCUCCUAACCACCAUAACCAUCCUGACACCAGAUCGGCCUUAUGUGAAGGAUCAGCUGGCUGUUGAGAGACUUCAGGAGACCAUGCUGGACAUGCUGAGGAAGCUGUGUGUCCUGCAGCAUCCACAGGAGCCACAGUACUUUGCUCGUCUCCUGGGCCGCCUGACAGAGCUGAGAACACUCAGCCACUACCACGCAGAGAUGCUCACAUCCUGGCGAAUGAACGACCACAAAUUUACCCCGCUGCUCUGCGAGAUUUGGGAUGUGCAGUGACACACCAGGAGAAGUGAAGAGAGUGAUGACGACGUGAACAUUUCACCUUGCAAAACAAAGUCGGUCCAACUACAGUGCAUAUGUGUGGCCUGACCUUGGUGGCAUUAGUCAUGUACUAACUCAGUCAGUCGUUUAGAGCAGGGGUUUUCAGUCUGAGACUCUGGGCCUCCCCUCAGACAAAGCUUGGAAAAAGGGGCCCCCUAGCCCCCUCUUAGUUUACUUGUUUAAUUUCGCUCAGUUUCUGUAGACCUGGAUUGUCAUGUUAUGAUUGAUAUUUCCGAUAGGCUCUCAACAAUGGAGCCAAGACAUCCUGCUGUUUGACAUUACUUCAGACUUACCAAAUACAUAAAAAAGGUCUGACCUAAGGUAUUUAUUAGUUUCUGACUCUGGGAAAGACAGUAAACUCCCCCAAAACAAAUGUAUUCUGAACUAUCUCUGGAACCAGUCACAUUUUGGCUAUUCUAUGUGAUUUUCUUUUGAUAACAAUAUUUUUUCACUGUCUUUCACUGAGCCUUCCCUGUUUGGUGCCCCACUGGGGAGGCCCUCCUCCAACUUUGAAAACCUCUGGUUUAAAGUAUUGUUUGUGUUUAUUGUGCUCAGUUUUGUUUAUUUUAUAGUUUCAUCAUGUCUUUUUACUGUGUGAUUCUUGAGAAUUGUGUCAUUGUUGAGACGUUUGAAAUGACUUAUUUUUCACAGUGUAGGCUACAUCGUGUAAAACAUGUCCCAAGCGUGAUUAGUCAGACAAGUACAAACACUGGAACUUAUUCAAAGCAAAGACGGUGCUCAUAAGAAGUGUGAGGUUUAGAUUACAUUGAGUUUAAUAAUGGGCUCAUUUAUUUUUUAUUUGUAAAACUCACAGUAUUUACUACAUAUGUGCUUUAAAUAUGUUAUAUGCUCUGCCUCAAUAAAAGACAAGAUUAACAGGAAAAAGGUUGAUGUUGGAACAUUCAUGCCUGUUAGUCAGCACAGACUAUUCGAGCGUGCAUAUACUGCAUGAUUCUUGUUCCUCUUUAAUCUUUCUGAAACUUCUUAAUAAUCUAAUUCUCAAUAAACUAAACUCAAAUAUGUUCAAAUUUCUUAAAGAGCACUGAUCAUGUAUUAAAAUAUGAAUGCCUAAGGGGUUUCCUUGAUAAAAUAUGGUCUUCCACCUGCAACAACAGCUUACAAAAACAAGCACAUUUUAUGCCUUAUUUAUGCCUACAUUUAACCCUCUGCUAAUAUUUAUUUUCAGGGGAGCAUCAGAACA